ACCCCUCGCGCAGAAGAUUGGCCAUUGAUAACCCGAUGACCUGUUUUCUCUCAAAACUCUCUCUAUCUCCCCGACUUCUGGGGCAACAGUGAUUCCAUUAACUUCUUCGUCGGCACUUGGAGACUAAUCAGCAGUGAGCAACGUGACUACAACAAUCUUCUACAUUACCAAUUCCAAUCUCUGCCCUGCUUGGAUUUGGCUCAAGAACAAGAAAAAUUAUAUUAGUAGUUAUCUAGAGUAAAUUGAACCUGUGCUGUUUCCAUAGGGCAAUGCUCCAAGUUGAACUUGGGACAUUGUGAAAAAUGGUUGGGAAUUCACUAGUCCAUGUUUCAACAUGCCCUACUGUGUUAUCUUCUUGUGGGAUUACGCGGACGCCUUGUUCUGUGAAUUUUUUGCCUUUUCUGCCGUCAAGAUCACAAAAGAAAUUCUUCAGGGUAAGAGCUACAUCUGAUACAGGACAUACCCAACUGCCCUCUUCUUCUGAAAAAAAGAAUCCACUUGCAGUUAUUUUAGAUGUACCUCGGAAUAUUUGGAAGCAAACAUUGCGGCCAUUGAGUGACUUUGGGUUUGGUAGGAGGAGCAUUUGGGAAGGUGGAGUUGGGUUGUUCCUUGUGUCGGGCACAGUCCUCCUUGCACUUAGUUUGGUUUGGUUAAGGGGGUUUCAGUUGCGGUCUAAAUUCAGGAAGUAUCUGGCUGUCUUUGAGUUUUCUCAGGCUUGUGGGAUUUGUACGGGAACACCUGUUCGGAUUAGAGGGGUGACUGUUGGCAAUGUUAUUCGUGUUAAUCCUUCCUUGAAAAACAUUGAAGCAGUUGUUGAGGUGGAAGAUGAUAAAAUAAUAAUACCUCGAAAUUCACUUGUUGAGGUGAACCAGUCUGGCCUUCUCAUGGAAACUAUGAUUGAUAUUACACCUCGAGAACCAAUUCCAAUACCUUCACUUGGCCCUCUUGACCCAGAAUGUGUUAAAGAAGGGCUAAUUGUAUGUGAUAGGCAAACGAUAAAGGGAUAUCAGGGUGUAAGUUUGGAUGCCUUGGUUGGGAUAUUCACCCGCCUUGGACGCGAAGUAGAAGAAAUUGGUGUUGUCAAUACCUAUUUGUUGGCAGAGCGAGCUGCAUCUGUUAUUGAAGAUGCAAAACCAUUGCUUACCAAGAUCAAAGCCAUGGCUGAAGAUGUUCAACCUUUGCUGGCCGAGGUUCGUGACUCUGGUUUGCUGAAGGAAGUUGAGAGUUUAACCAAAAGCUUGACACAAGCCUCUGAAGAUCUGAGAAGAGUGCAUUCAUCCAUUAUGACCCCUGAGAACACUGAAUUGAUUCAGAAGUCCAUAUAUACCCUCAUUUUCACUUUGAAGAAUAUUGAGAAUAUAAGUUCUGAUAUUUUGGGAUUCACGGGUGACGAAGCGACUAGACGGAACUUAAAAUUGCUUAUCAAGUCUCUCAGCAGGCUGUUAUGAAGACACAUGGAGUUGGAAACAGGGUUACAGCUUACAGCACCGGAAUGACAAGACUCGAACACCGUUUCUAUCUUUUGUAUUCCUAGGGAGCAGAAACUUUGACUAUGCCUCCCAACGAUUCUUCUGUUUUGGGUUGCUACUGCAGAGGCAUGUUCAAUAGCCGAAGAUUUUUGAAUUUUUUUUUUCCCAGUCAGUCAGCUUACAACACGACUGUAUCAAGGAUAGCUUGUUCUAUAGUUUUCAAUUGGCAUCAAUAUAUUGGAACAUUUGGAAAUUUGUAGACAAUAGUGUAGCUUGAGAAAUCAUUUCGUCUGAUUGUCACACUCUGAUGUUUACUGAUUUAUCACCAUUUUUGUUU